AUGUACAUGGCCGAGGAGUACGCGAACGCGAGCAGAUUUCAGUAUCGGGACGCGCUCGAGGUAAUCGAAGAAUUCGGUAACGAGCUGUCCGAGAUGAACGGCAAGUGCAUAGACAUCGGUUGCGGGCCAGGAAGCGUCACAAAAAAUCUACUCCUGCCGAGAUUAGCCCCGGGCGCUGAAGUAGUCGGAGUGGACGUGUCGGUGGAGAUGGUGGAAUACGCAAGGAAAAAGUGUUGCGACGAGAAACGGUUGUCGUUCAUGUGCCUGGACGCCGAGACCGAGGAUUUACCGUGCAAACUGAUCGGUCAGUUCGACAACGUGUUCUCCUUCUUCUGCCUCCACUGGUGUCAGAACCCAUGGCGAACAUUCGAGAACAUUUGGAAGAUUCUACAACCAGGAGGCACCGCUCUAACCAUGUUUCUGGCCGACAACACCGGUUACGACGGUUACAUAAAUCUGUACGAGAACCCACAGUACCGACCGUACAUGCAGGACGUGGACCUUCAAGUUCCCUACUACCACAAAUGCAAGGACCAACGAUCCACUUUGAGGAAGGUGCUAGAGGACACAGGUUUCGAGAUUCUGCACUGCAGCAAACGGGAGAGAAGCUACGUUUACCAGAACCUGCAGUCACUGAAAAAUCACACGAUCGCGGUUAAUCCCUUCAUCAGCCGCGUACCCGAGAACCUUCGUGAAAAGUUCAAGGAGGAACUGAUACAAGAGAUCGUGAAACAAAAGAUACAGUUCAGGGAGUACCACGACAACGAGCAACAAGAGUACAAAAUCAUGGACAUAUACCAUAUUCUCGUAGCGUACAUCAGGAAACCAGUCGAGACGUUCUGA